AUGAAGAACUGGAUCAGACUGACCAAAGAACAGUUCAGUAAUUUGUUGAACCGGGUGACACCUCUUAUUGAAAAAGUAGAUACUAAAUUGCGGAAAGCUGUGUCUGCUGCAGAGCGAUUAACCCUCACUCUUCGUUAUUUAGCAACAGGAGAAUCACAAGUGUCCCUUGGCUAUCAGUUUCGUAUUAGCCAUAAUCUGGUUUCAUGCAUCAUACCAGAGACAUGCAGAGCCAUAUACAGCGUGCUGAAAACAGAUUAUUUAAAACUUCCAUCAACUCCUGAGGAAUGGAAUGAAGUUGCUCUGCAUUAUUUCCAGCAAUGGAAUUUUCCAAAUUGCAUAGGGGCACUAGAUGGGAAAAGAGUGCUAAUUGCCAAGCCUCCACAUUCUGGUUCAGAAUUUUAUGACUAUAAAGGUCAUUUUAGUAUGAUCAUGAUGGCAUUAGUUGAUGCAUCUUACAAGUUCAUGUAUGUAAAUAUAGGUGCCAAUGAGAGCCAGUCGAUGGUGGUUGUUUGGGGGGAUAGUGUAGCCUAA